GAGGGGUGGUGCAGCAAGCAGCAGUGAGCUUCAAGAUCAUCCUGCUGCACCCUGCUCAGUCUCUGUCCUCCUCCUGACCCAUCAUGUGGGAGGCACGCUUAUCCUCCUUUUGGAGAGCUGUUUUUGCCGAGUUCUUCGGGACUAUGUUCUAUGUGUUUUUUGGGCUGGGGGCUUCCCUUCGCUGGAUUGUUGGCCCCUUAAAUGUUCUACUAGUGGCCCUGGCUUUUGGCUUGGUAGCAGCCACCAUGGUACAGUCUCUAGGCCAUGUAAGUGGUGCCCACAUCAACCCAGCUGUUACCAUGGCCUUUCUGUUGGGCUCGCAGCUUUCCCUCUUCCGUGCUGUCUUCUACGUGGUGGCCCAGGUGUUGGGAGGACUGGCCGGUGCAGCUGUGCUUUAUGGAGUCACCCCAGCAGCACUACGGGGUAACCUGGCACUCAACACGAUACACCCUAGUGUAAACGUAAGCCAAGCUACCAUUGUGGAAAUCAUCCUGACCCUACAGUUUGUCCUCUGUGUCUUUGCCACCUACGAUGAGAGACGUAACGGACGCAUGGGAUCGGUGGCCCUGGCAGUUGGAUUCUCCCUCACACUUGGACACCUCUUUGGGAUAUACUACACAGGAGCUGGCAUGAAUCCUGCUCGAUCCUUUGCCCCAGCUGUCAUAACCCGUAACUUCACCAACCACUGGGUAUAUUGGGUUGGACCAAUUAUUGGUGGUUUGAUGGGUGGCUUUUUGUACGACUUCAUCUUAUUCCCUCGGAUGCGUAGUAUCUCAGAACGUCUGUCUAUUCUCAAAGGUGACCGGCCUAUUGCAACCAAUACAUCCAGAGAACCUCCAGGGGAUCCUAUUGAGCUGAAGACACAAGCACUAUAAACAGUGACCGUAGGGUGGCACAACAUAGCACAUACACACAUCCCUGCUCUGGGGAGAGAUGGGGCAGAAUAACUGGCCCAGUAUACAGACUGUUAUUGCUCCUGGCCAGUGGGAAGAGGUUGCACAAAGGAGAAACAAAUCAGAGGGGAAAAUAUGUUAUCCAGUCUUUCUCUCUCAUAAAAACAAAGUAACAGACACACAAAACACGGGAUAAUAGAAUGCAGAGAGUGCAGUUGGGCGGGGAGGGGGACUAUGUCAUUGCCUGGUUUUUAAACGAUUUAUUUUGCGGUGAAAAGUCUUAAAAACAGUUUUGUGGGGGGAAACAAAAGGUAUAAGCGAAUAACUCUGCUUUGAAUUCUUGCAAAACUUGCAUUCCCUUCACAUCUAUUAUGCUGAGUCACCCUUUGCAGACCUCGCUGCUCUCCCUCCUGCGCCUGAGUUGUUGUGGGAGGCAGAUUGUUUAGUGUGGGAUUGCUAGAGUUCUUUGUUGAGUUUGCCAUUGGCAUCUUUCAAUUCCCCUGCUGCUCCUAAUAUUCUGGCUCCAGCUUUGUGCGCUGUGCCAGCAAGGUAUGAACCCUUGGCUCAAGUGGGUUUGAGGACUUGAAUAGGAGGAACAAUUCUUUCCUUCGUCAAAGUAGCUCCCCCCCUUGGAGGACUCAUGCUCAGAUUAUCUAUUGACAUAGGAUGGUGAGAGUAGUGAGGAAGAGCAAGUGACUUGUGGCCACGUAGAAUAUAUACAUAUAUAAUUUUGGCUUGUGCGUACGUGAGAAACAAUUUUGGGGGUAAGUAAAUGCAGAGCCAGAGCCAGAACCUCAGCAGGGAACAAACAUCACUGAAUAAAGCAUGUGCUUACAUAGAGAAGGUCUCAGUUCAAUUCCUGGCAUCUUAGGUAGUAACCUCAAUAUGCUCAGUGCUGAUCUUGGACCUGCUGCUAGUAGCCAGCUCUGGAUUUUUGUGCUACGCAAUAAAUAGCUCCGCUAUAAAAUUCAAAAUGCCAGGUAGGGAUUUAGCAGUCUAAGUAAGAACAUCUUAUAACACCUAUUUCAAACAUCAAUCACUAAAUCAAAAUAAGUUUCCUGAGGGGGGAAGUAUCUAGCUUUUUAUUUAAAAUAUUUAUUGAUGUGUUUACAUUUGUGUCGUUUCUUUCCAUCAGAAGCUGCUGCUGUUUCAUUUUCCUCACUAUCCCACGUAAUUUAUCUCAGUGCUAAAAAAAAUGAAGUGAAAUAGAAUUAGGGCAUGGUCUCGCUUAUCUUUAGGAUAGGGUUGCCAUAUCUGGACUGCAGAAAUCGUGGCAGCCAACAGAAGGUACCAAAAGGGUUUUAUGUAUCUCUCUGCUGCCAUCUAAUUGUCAGCAAGCCUAUCAUAAUAUGGGAAUUCUAUUUUAAGCAGAUUGAAACUAUUCCAUCAGUUUGAGUUUAGCCUAAUUUGAAAUUAAACUUUCAAGCCCCACAACUUCAUCCUCAAAGGCACACUUAGGGCAAGAGAUGAGAAGAAUAAAUCGAAUACAAAGGAGAGUUGAUGUUGAAUCUGAAUCUCUAUAAUCCUCCCCUCAUCCAAACUACAUUUUAUGAAUUGCCUUUUAAACUGUAGGCUUAGCCAUACAUAUAGCUUCAGUGAAGUUCCUUUCAUAAACAUAGAACUUGUGAAAUGUUGUGGGCUCCAUUUUUCAUUGCUACCAUAGUCUAUUCCAACAUAUUCUCUGAUACUAUUUCACAUCCCUUUUCUUAUUUGCUAUGAAGACACUGCAUGGAAAUAGUCCUUUUUUGUAGAAUCCUCUAGGACCUCAAUAUGGAGACUCAAUAAAGCUGUAAAAGAUGACGUACUUUUUAGAACUGAAAGUUCUGCUCGGAUGCUUGAAGUAAGAAACAGCACAAACUCUGAUCAAACUAAAGCAAACAACUACCAUUCUUCACCAUAUUAACAAAUGCAAACAGUAUACACUCAAGAGCCCCUAAAACCAUCCUCUUCAUUAACCAAAACUAAUCUCUGGUCUCAUCAGCAUGUUUAGUAAUGCAAAGUAAUCAUCCAUUUGUAUCUCACCUUGCUUCCAUGGAAGUCAAGUUUAUUCCUCUACGGCUUGGUUUAUUCAGCAGGCUACGCUGUAUUUUAAAAGCAUAAUUUGUUGCCCAGUGAUUGGUUUCAUACAUCAUCCUAUGCUAUAAACCAGAAUGACUAGAUUCUAACAUCAUGCUACAUCAAAUAAAGUAACCACAAUAUGAUUUAGUACAGUGUAUGAACUCAGACCAUAUUAAAAGAUCCACAUGUAAAUUAUUGGUCUUCUAAAAAAUAUACAUCUUGUCAGGAAAUCUGGUAUCUUUAUUGGAGUAUCUAUUUCAAAAGUUCAGAAAAUUUGGUUGAAAAAAUGAUUAAGAUUAGAAGAGAAUAUUUGUAGCUUAGGGUUGAACUGUAGAGUCCUUGGCAAGCUCAGGAAGCACUAGGGAGCCCACAUUACAACAAUCUUCCAAUUCUUGCUGACAAAGAAUGAGUAUGGCUUUUAGAAGGAGUUAAGGAGAGGGAAGCUUUUGGCUGAUCUAACUAUUAUAAUUUUUUUUUUUUUUAGUAUUAGCAUAUGUAUUCUUGGCUAUUGAAGCAGGAGGCCAAGAUCUGAUGGGAGGAAGGUUGAGUCAUUUUGCUUCACUUAUAGACCUACUGUAUACCCCACCCCCCACCCCCGUGUAAGAGCCUUGAAUGCUGUUUCUGGACUUACCCAAAGUAUCUAGUUGCUAUAUGUUGUACAUAUGAUGCCGACUAGUUUGGUCCAGCAGAAAUUUUCUCGUAGUUAGAUGAACUAUCUAUUUUACACCGCAGGGUUGGUUUUUAGGCUCCUUAUCUCUAACAACAGCUUUUCCAACCAAAUAGGUUGGAAGUGCAGUUCCAAAGUUCCCAGAUAUCAUUGGGCUUAUUGAGAUCUAAGAGUUGCAAUCCGAUAUAUUGGAGGGGGCCAAAUUAAGAAAAGCCAAAAUGUGAGUACGAAGUGGUUUAUUUACUGGUCAGGCAGUUCUAAUAGUAGAUGUGAUUUAAGAGAUUUCACAGACAAACUAUUGGAAUGAAAAAUGUUGACCAAUAUCUCAAAAGGAAAAUGGGGAGGGAGGUUACAGUGAGUGAUAGGAGUGCAGAUGUUUCCUUCUGAAAUGAUGUCUGGGGCAUGCUUAUGAAUUCUGCAGUAUUAAUAUUUGAGGUAGAUCCUAUUUUCAGACAUUUUGGUGUGAAUUGUUUUUUUCCCCAAUCUCUCUACUAUAACUGUUAUAACAAAAAUGGUGUAAAUUCAAGGUCAGUCAACAGAAUUAACUUGGAAUCACUCCACCAGGGUCCAUCAUCAAUCCAGCUGAGUUAUAAAUCAACACAAACAGGAUGAAUCUGUCUACUAUAACAGGGUCAUUUUAUUAGGAUUGAUUUGCACUGCAGUUGGAAAUGGUUCCAUUCAGAUUAUUUACAGGAGAUGACAAUUUAUUUUUUAUGUCUUGCUUUUCCCACCCUGCCACAUGAUGCCAAGAUGUUCAUCUUUUUCAAUGCGCUGUUUAACUUUCUGUUUCACAGGUAUAAAUAACUCUUUAGUUGUUGUGUUGGGAUUUAUUUAUUUAAUUAAAUGCUAUAAUUUAUUUUUGCUAAUAGCUCUGCAUCAGAGAAAUCUGGCGAAUUUACAUGAUUACAAUUAAGGAAGAGGGACAUGGCAUGAAGCAGAAAAGUAAUUCAUUAUUUUAUACAUUCAUGUCUAAAUCACACAAGUCUCUAUUCGGCCCAAAGACUUCAGAAUACAGAGAUUUCUACUAAUUCCAAAACCUACAUUGAAUAUAGUGCUGCUUUCUUCUUUAAUACAGUUAUACUAUGGAAUUGUAUAGGAAACUAAACUUAUAAAUAGAUCUAUGCACUUCUCAACCUUUAAGUUUCAGAAUGAUUGCAUAUGGUCAACUAAAUACAUUUUGAAUAUUAGUGAAAGGAGAACAUAAUUCCCUCUCUUGCUCCACAUAAAAAACCUUAGCGGGACUGAUACUAGCAAAUACUAGGAAAGGAACUGUGCCCUCACUGCAUGGAAUGGAACAGAGAAACAGCUAUUCAACCCUGGUAUUUGCAAGCCAAGGCUGCUGUCUGAUGUACAGCUGGCUGUAUGUCUCUUUCAGUAGCAACUACAGUUAUCGGAGAGAGAGUGAUUGUUUCCAUGGCUGUUUGCAGGCUCCAGAAACAAAAUACUACAUUAAGAUCCUACUUUUUACCUAGCAGGGUUCUCAUUAUACCGGUUAUAUUCGAAAUUGGAAGAUAAAAAGCUGCCUCAAAGCCAGGAUGACUGAGUUUUAUUGCAAAAUAGAGCCAAGUGUAUUUUAAAAUAGGCACGUAAAGUUUAUAUUCUGUCCUGAAUGCACACAUGUGGCUUAUAAGAAAUAGAAUAUAAAAAGAGGCCAUUUUAAUUAAAUUUCAAUGUAUUACCCAUUUGAUUUAUAUGCCUAGGAAAUGACAAUCCUAAUUUUUUAUCUCUGUCUCCAAGUUCAAGCAGCUCAAUCUGUAAAUUGUUGCUGGGAUAAAAAUACACAAUUGACAGUGGCAAACAAAACAUCAUUAUUCCAUGUUGUAUGUUCAGAAAAAUUAUUGUAAAGACUUUUAUAUAAUUAAGUUAAAUUAACCACUAUCAUUAAGGAUCUCAAUCUAUAACAUCUUGCUAGAUUAAAAAAAAAAACAGUAAUUGACAGUCCCAAACAAAACAUUAGUACCUCCAUGCUGUGUAUCCAGACAAACUCCAGUAAAAACUUUCACAAGUAUAUUAUAUAAUGAAAUGAAAAAAAAGAGAGAACUAAAGGGAAUGAGAAAGAUUUCUUGAUGCUCCAUUCUCAUUUAUAUUGUUAUUUCUAAUGCAUCCAAUUAUUUAUUUAUUAACCUUUUGAAUUUCCAUGUAUUCUCAUGGAAAUAUUUAUAUUUGGCAAUUAUAAAGUGUGCCUUGCAUGAAUACAUGAAUAGUAUUCCCAUAUUAUUGCCAUGCAUUGCACUCCUGCAAGUUCCUUUACACUACAUUAUUCUUGUAUAUUUAAUAGUGUCUGCUGGGAGGAUGAUAAAAUACAUGUAGUCCCUGAUUUACAACAGUUCAUUUAGUGACUGUUCAAAGUUACAACAGCACUGAAAAAAGCGACUUAUGACUGUUUUUGACACUUACCACUGUUGCAGCAUUCCCCAUGGUCAUGUGACUCAUAUUUAUGAUGGUUGCAGUGUCUUGGGGUCACAUGAUCACUUUUUGCAACCUUCUGAAAAGCAAAGGGAAAGCUACUUAACAACUGUGUUACUAAUUUAACAACUGCACUGAUUCACUUAACAACUGGUGAGAAAGGUCGUAAAAAGGGGCAAAGCUUACUUAAAUGUCUUGUUCAUCAACAGAGAUUUUGGACUCAAUUGUGGUUGUAAGUCAAGGACUAUCUGUAAUUGAUUGUACAUUUAAAAAGCUAUAUGUGUAAGAUUAAUGAAGCAUGCUACAUGCUGUAAAUAAUAAAAUAAUAUGUGUGUGAGAGAGUAUAUAUACACACGUAUACACAUAUUCUGAGUCUGUAUAUUCAUGUAGUGAGGGAGAGAUCCAUCUCUACCCUUUUCAGUCAGGUAAAUCAAAUAAAUAAAUAUAUAAAUAAAUCCAGAGGGCUUUUUAACUACAUUACAAGAAAACAACAGAAACAUGUAACUAAACAAACCAUGGUAUGAUAUGUAAAAUCAUGUGGGGGUUUUUUAGUUAUAUGUUUAGCCCCUGAACUUUGAUAUGAAUGUAGGUCAGACCAUUUGCUUCUUUUUAGAAUCUAUUAGAUUUUCAAAAGCUAAAGUUCCCUGCCCGUUCGUCCCCUCACCCUCCCUUCCCCUUCAUUGAAAAAUAUGAACCAAGAAAACUUAUAGAUUUCUUCUAGUGAUGAGUUUAUCUCCCUAUCCUCUAAAUAACUGUGCAUCUUCAAGGUAGAUUAUCAGCCUUUAUAAAAGACAGAUAUCUUCAUUUAACUUCUAUUUCUAUGGUCUCCUGUUUGAUGUUAUGGCUGGAAAACUAAUUUUUGUAUGUCAUAUAUAUACUGGUUCCCAAAUCCACUUGACUAAAGUACCCCAUUUUGUCUGAGUGGCAAAUGGCCAUUUCUACUCCAGAUAUGUAUAGCAUGGUCUAGCUAGCAUAAUGUCAAUAUACCAACAAUGCUUUAUAUUGCCACAGCAGUGGCUGAGUGGCACUAGAAGACAUGGAUCACUACCAUGAAAAUUGCUAAUCCCUUUUAAUUCAUGUAAUCACUUUUGUUUCUUUCUUUUUAUUAUGGCAGAAUAAAUAAAGCCCAUCUUUCCUGUUC